UGCCGCGACCUGAACAGUCGGGCGCUGUCCGAUUUUCGACCAUCACUGCGACCGCGCGCGCAAGCAGCGGUAGUCGCGCAGGCAGAAUGCCGCGCGCCGGCGCACUCCUGCUGGCGUUAGCGGCCGUCCUACUCGCCGCUGAGUGGGCUCAUGCAUCAUACAUUGACCCUGGAGACGACGACGUUGAAGUAAACCUGUCUGAUUACGGAGAAGACCCCGCUGAUCUGCAGCUGCUGCAGGAUGUUGGAAAACGAUCGUCGCUGAUCUACGUUUUCAGGCGCGCCUGUGUGAAGCGAGGAGGCAACUGCGACCAUCGGCCUGGCGACUGCUGCCAUUCCUCCUCGUGCAGGUGCAACCUCUGGGGCUCCAACUGCCGCUGCCAGCGCAUGGGGCUCUUCCAGAAGUGGGGGUAGGCCUGCACCCAGCACCCGACUCCCCUGAAGCGGCGACCAACUCCCACCAGCCGACUUGACCGCCGCUCCAUCGGACGACAACAUCAGCACUUUCAAACGGACCCGUUGCUUUUUUAUCAUAUUUCAUUUCUCUACGUUCCCUCUCUAGUGCUACUCUCACUUAUAGCUUAGAGAGAUUCGAAUUGAAAACAGGGACCUAGAUUUUGGUUCGGAAAUAUUUUUGGACCUUUUAUGAUAUACAAAAUUUACAAAUGGUAUUUGUUCUCAUUGAAUUUAGAUUUCUUCUCUUGAUUUGUUUCAUGUAGUUUUUCUUUAUCUGAUUUACCGAGUGUCCGCUUACGUGGUUGGGCAAUCACCCAGCCUUAUUGCCCAAUCAGUACGCCCCGACGUCAAGCUCGGUCAAUCAGACCCCGGCAACUGCCGCUGGCGACGCGUCCUCAUGUGUUCUGUUUGUUUCAAAUUUUGGUUCGGACCAAGCGACACGUCGCCUCGCAGGCAGUUCACCUAUUCUAUUACAAUAUAUGUAUGUAUGUAGAGUUAAGUAAUCUAAUCGUAGAGGAAUAAACAGUAGCGGCUAAAUUGAUGGUAAACUUAUGUUAAUAGGAAGUAGCGAUCACUACAAAAUAGAAAAAAAAAUAUAAAUGUACUUUAAACCUAAAUGUUUUAGUCACGUAAGGAGGUAUCGAUAAUGGAAAACUUGGUGGAAGACGCUAAUAUAAGCCUUUAUAUAUAACAACGCCAUUUGUAUUUGCGAUUGGCAUCUUAGAUUUUUAAAAUAUCUAUUAUUAAUGUGUCAAUACAUAAUUCAUAUAUUAUAAUAAAACGAAUCUUAAUGUAUUGUAUGCGACUCUCGGACAGGAGUAUAUUAUAUGGUAUUGCAGCCAAGUAGAAUCUUCUGUAUGUAUGUAUGUAGCUUCUUAUGCACGUUCCUGAUUGUGGAAUAUGGUACUUGUAUUAAUAUUGGAAUAUGGAAAAUGAUAAAAUAUAUUAAUAAAUGUUUAUCGACGG